CCACCACCUAAAACAGGUCACUUUAUGUGGAUGAAUUUUAUUGGUGGGAUCGGCUUGCAUGCCAUUGGGACGCACUCAGGCAUGGUCUCGUCACAGCAAGACAUUGUGCAGAAUAUCCUGCGCACCCUCCAAGCACAGUUACAACACAAUACUCCACCUGCAGCAAGUCAAUAUGGACAGCAAGUGAUAGGCUUUUUUCAUGCUGUCCAGUGGUCGCAACCGUGGUUGCAAGCCCUUGUAGGCUUCCAUAUUCUGAGUCUGAUCAUGGUCAUUGUACUACGUAACCGGCAUACCGCUCUGUGUGUCUAUUUCUUUAUCAUACUUGGGUUGGCGGCUUUAUCGGAGAGAAUGAAUGCCCUUGGUCAGAUGUACUGGCGAAACUUUGCCGUCGCCGAUUAUUUUGACGAGUCGGGAUUGUUCAUCUCGUUUGUGUACGCGUUUCCCUUGAUUAUCAAUGGGUUUAUUACGUUGUUUUUUAUAUUGCGCGCCGCCUUUACCACCAUGGUGGAAAUGAAACGUAUGCAACUGAGGCGAAAACAGCAGCAUAUCAAAAAAGAUUAAGUCAAUAUAUCAUAUCACAUCUCAACGGUCAAGGAUCAUCGAUCAACAUGUCAUCUCAUAGCAGUUUUGUAAAAAUUCGCAAUAAAACAUCUUUGUCUUUUCACAGCCGUCAUCCAUGAUCCGUCAUGAUCGAUCCGGACGAUGGACUGUGCGCGACUGAUUGGAAGUACUGUUAUUUAUCCAUUGCAAAGCCUGUUUCGCACGCUUCGUUC